CCAAAAACAAAAAGGAAAAGAAAAGAAACAUCUGAUUUUUGUUGCUCUCUCGAAGCUUCAAAAGCCGAAGAAGAAAGAACAAACAAAAAAAAAAAAACCCAAAACCUCGAAGAAACCGACUGGAACCGUCGGACUCUGAAGCAGAUGCAACCGGCACCUGGCGGUAGCAGCGGCGGCGGCGGAGGAGUGAGUCGAACAGGACUUUCCCGGUUCCGGUCGGCGCCGGCGACGUGGCUGGAGGCUCUACUGGAGGACGAAGAAGAGGAUCCAUUGAAGCCGAACCAGUGUUUGACGCAACUCCUCACCGAAAACUCUUCCUCUGCCGCCACUACCAGAAUCGCCUCCGUUAAUCCUUUCGGUACUACUUCUUCUCCGGCCGCCGCCGAUCUCAGCUCGUUCGACGCCGCCGGGUUUCUCCGGCAGAACAGCUCUCCGGCGGAUUUUCUGGGCGAUGGAUUGUUCUCCGGCUUUGAUGCUGGUCCGGCAAGCAGCGCCUUCGACUUGGCGGCGCCGGGGAAUUUGAGCUCCGGGAGUAAGCGCGCCAGGGAUGUCGAAGCUGCUCAGCAAUUCUCCUCUCCCAAGCUCUCCAAUCCGAUAAAAUUGGAGCAAGGUGGACAAGCUUCUGGUUUGAUAGAUAUGGAGAUGGAGAAGCUUUUGGAUGAUUCAGUGCCUUGUCGGGUUAGAGCCAAGCGUGGUUGUGCUACUCAUCCACGGAGCAUUGCGGAGAGGGUUCGAAGGACUCGGAUCAGUGACCGUAUAAGAAAACUUCAGGAGCUUGUGCCCAACAUGGAUAAGCAAACAAAUACUGCUGAUAUGCUAGAAGAAGCAGUGGAGUAUGUGAAAUACCUUCAGAGGCAGAUUCAGGAACUCUCAGAGCAUCAAAGCAGAUGCAAAUGCACAAGCACAAACGAAGAAUAACCAGCAGAAGGUACAGAAAAUGCCUUCAUACUGUUUCGUACUGGUGUGGUUAUUAGAUUCAUGAGAUUUCACUAGAGGUCCAUCAUGGUGGAUUUUAUAUCCACCUUGUACUGUAGACAUAUAUUUUCUUUGUUGCAUUCUUCUCCAACAUGACUGUUGGGAGUGCAGUAGAUAUAGUCCAUAUCCAUUUAUUUAGAUAUAGGGUUAAUUUCAUAAAUAUAUCUUCUAGUUUUACGUUUUUUUAUUUUUUGUUUUUUGUUUUUUGAAAUUAUAAAGGUAUUCUUUGGAUUUGAAAAACUUGUUUCAAUUUCAUCCCAAAUGCACUUUUGUGGACAAAGGAAAAAAAAAGUUGGGUGAAAAGACAAAGUUACCCUUAAAUAGUUUUUGAAAUAAAUUUUGAACUUUAAAAAAAAAAUAAAA